UAUGAACCUUUCCUUUGAAAGUGAUUUGAGUUCUAGAAAUGCAGGAGUUCAAAAGAAAGUGCCCUUUAAAGAUUUUAUGUGCUGAAAAAAAACUUCACAGUACGUCAGUAAAUGAUCAAGAAGGAGUCUGACAUGAAGUGGUCACAUUGUUGCACUGGUGCUUACGGGGAUCACUGACAUUGUGACUGGUAAGUCGUAAAGAUAACAGAAAACUGCCCUGGCUUUAUUUAAAACAAAAUGUCAAAGGGAUAAAAGAUCAAAUACUUGGCUGAACAACGCUGCUCAUCGCCCUGCUUUCCUCCCCAUUUCUUGUCCAAAAUUGCGGGCGUGCCAAACACGACUGAUACAGGACCACAGCCCAGCUGACGUUGGCGUGAGGGGAGGAGGCGCCCGAGGUCCCUCUGAAUCCAGCAUCACCGUGAGAAAUGUUCAAGCAAGAAGACACUUUGUUCAUUCUCACCAUGUUGGUCAGAGCAGUCUGAGCGGGGAGUUUGGCAGAUGCUCGGACGUCCUGUGAGAAUGGAAAAUGAUGACUUGUGAGCGCAUUGUUUGGAUGAAGACGCACAUUUUAUGGAUCUCUGUGUUGGAAAAGUUGCAUCCAUAAGAAAAAAGAAAAGUUUCUCCAAAAAGCGCAAACUCUCCGGACUUUUGCAGCGCGUCAACGCGACUGUUCUCCACGUUUUCAACAGUUCAUCCUGUUAUUAAAGGUUAGGAGGACGCUGUGUGGAUAUCUGACAGUCAGCGCGAUGAUGGGUUCAACACCUGAACAACUGGCUUGAUUUUUCCAACUGUGCUGCAACGCGUCACUCCAAUAGCUGAUGGUGAAGCAUCCUCUGAACCAAAGAGACAACCGGUGACGCUCGCUUUCCCACUGUGCUGCAGUAAAAUCCAGCAGGGCACCCUUUAAUCAGUCAUCAGGUAGAAGGUCAGACAUGGAAAUGACCAACAGGUCCCAGCACAACCCCUCCAUCCUCCAUGUGGAUUUCAUCCCUCUAACUGACUACAUGUUGGAGAACGAGACCAACUCCACCGCCGGAGAGCGAAACUCGUUUGGCUGCGUGCAGAUCCACAUCCCGCAGGAGCUCUUCCUGGCGCUGGGGCUCAUCAGCCUGGUGGAGAACAUCCUGGUGGUGUUGGCCAUCUUCAGGAACCGCAACCUGCACUCGCCCAUGUACUACUUCAUCUGCUGCCUGGCGGUGUCCGACAUGUUGGUCAGCGUCAGCAACGUGGUGGAGACCAUGUUCAUGCUUCUCAACGACCACGGCCUGAUGGACGUGCACCCUGGCAUGCUGCGCCACCUGGACAACAUCAUCGACGUGAUGAUCUGCAGCUCCGUGGUGUCCUCGCUGUCCUUUCUGUGCACCAUCGCAGCGGACCGCUACAUCACCAUCUUUUACGCGCUGCGUUAUCACAGCAUCAUGACCACGCAGCGCGCCGUCAACAUCAUCGUGGUGGUGUGGCUGGCCAGCAUCACCUCCAGCAUCCUGUUUAUUGUUUACCACACCGACAACGCUGUCAUCGUGUGCCUCGUGACCUUCUUCUGCACCACCCUGGUGUUUAACGCCGUGCUGUACCUGCACAUGUUCCUCCUGGCUCACCUGCACUCGCGGCGCAUCGUGGCUUUCCACAAAAGCAGGCGCCAAUCCACGAGCAUGAAGGGCGCGAUGACCCUCACCAUCCUGCUCGGGGUGUUCAUUGUAUGCUGGGGCCCCUUCUUCCUCCACCUCAUCCUCAUCCUCACCUGCCCCACCAGUCCCUUCUGCAACUGUUUCUUCAGAAACUUUAACCUUUUCCUCAUCCUCAUCAUCUGCAACUCGCUCAUCGACCCACUCAUCUACGCGUACCGGAGCCAGGAGCUGCGUAAAACCCUGCAGGAGCUGGUCCUGUGCUCUUGGUGCCUCGGUGUUUGAAUGAAACCGUGCACAUACAGGAAGAUGACGAGCAUCAGGUUAUCAACAAUGUCGGCUACCUCAUCUUCUUGAAUGUACUUUGUGUCAGAAGCUGAAGUAAGCCGUGACUGAUGCAUGAAUGAACUGGCACAUGCCUUCUGAACAUGCGCGACUGAUAAAUACUUCUGUACAUCUCCUCGAGAAUAUUAUUAUUUCCACGCAAGGCUUCAGGCAUUGUGAAACACC